UCUAUGGGAAGGGAGCUAAAAAUAGCAGCCCGGCUCUGUCUCUGCAAAGAGCCCGGCAGGCUGUGACAGUCAGUGGAAAACACCGGCGCUCGGGCCCCUACCCGCAGGGCUGCAACCGGCGCGGGGCGGGGGGAGAGGAGGGAAAUGCCGCUAACAAAAAGAUGCCGAGAAGGGCUUUGAUGGAGCGAAUGCUUCGGCCUCGCCGUGUCUAUCCCCCCGAAUGGGGUCGAUUUCCUUGAAACACCCGCACGCACCCAAUGCACAACAGGGGAGCAAAGGGCUCAAGCCAUGAAAACUCUCCAGGCUCCGGCUCCGGUUUCCCGGGGGUGAGGAGGAAGGAUGUGACCGGCAGCAGGUGACGGGAGCGGGUCCAACCACGCCAGGGAGGUGCUCUGCCUGUGCAAUGCCCCGCCCCGCCGCCCACAACCCCGGCUUGCCCCCACGAGACCGCCCGGCCCCAGGCCCCGCCUGGCGAUGAACGACCCAGCCGCCAUGCCACACGCGGAGGGGAAUGCCCUGCUGAAGGCCGUGUGGCAGGGCAAGUUUCGCCUCACUCGUCUCUUGUUGGAAGGCGGGGCCUACAUCAACGAGGGCAACGCCCAGGGCGAGACCCCGCUGAUCGCCGCCUGCCUGGCCCGCUAUGACGACCCGCACAACAAGCCCCGCAUGGUGCGCUACCUGCUGGAGAACGGCGCUGAUCCCAACAUCCCCGACAAGACGGGCAAGACGGCCCUGAUGCACGCCUGCGCCGACCGGGCCGGGCCCUUGGUGGCUUCGGUCCUGCUGGAGCACGGGGCCGACCCCAGCGCCAGGGACUACGCGGGGGCAUCAGCCCUGGUGUACGCCAUCAACCGGGGCGACCGGGAGACCUUGCAGGUGCUGCUGGACGCCUGCAAGGCCAAGGGCAAGGAGGUGAUCAUCAUCACCACCGACACGUCCCCCUCGGGCACCAAGAAGACCAAGCAGUACUUGAACUCACCCCCAUCCCCGGGCCUGGAGGAGAAGUCGCCUGCCCUGUGCAUGUCGCCCUCCGACAUCGACGUCAAGACCACACAGUCUCCCGGGGCCAGCGAGAAGGAGGAGGCGAGGGACGUCUUCAACUUCACCAUGGCCACCCGGCUGACCUGCCCCCCGCUGCCUCUUCCCAAGGGGCUGGAGGCUGAGGCCUCCGCGGAGCAGCCACCGGCAGCCCCACCGCCCAAGGGCCGGCCCAGGCAACUCAAGAGACUCAACUCAGAACCAUGGGGGCUGGUGGCGCCCUCCACCUUGGCCGCCACCCAUCUGGAGAAGGCCCGGACGCCGGAGGAGAGGAUCACGGCCGAGAUGAAUGGCUUGAGCAUCACCAAGAGGCCCGUGCUGUCACGGAGGCACAGCAUCGAGGGCCAGGAGCCCCCCGGUUUCAAGACGCUUGCCCCGCAAGGCUUCGGGGAAGAGGCCCCAGGUCCGGAGGCACCUUGGGCCGAGAAGGUUCAUUUUGGUCACCUCCACCAGCCUCUGUCGCGGCGCAACACGGCCCCCGAGGCCCAGGAGAGUGGAGGGGGCCCGGCGCCCGGCCUGCGGGGCGUGGCCCACCAUAAGCUGGCCCGCAUGGAGCACUGCGAGUCGGACGCGCACCUCUGCCCGGACUCCAUCCCCGGCUCCCCGGAUUCAGGCCGCGUCUCCCUGGAGAGGAGGAAAUACAACGCCUCCCCCCUGACCCUGCCGGCCAGCUCCUCCCGGGAGUCCCUAGAGAGCAUUCCCAGCGCCGUGUCCCCCAUGACGGGGCGGCGUCGCUCCCCGGGGCUGCUGGAGAGGAGGGGAUCGGGGACUCUCCUCCUAGAUCACAUCGCCCACACCCGGCCUGGCUUCCUGCCCCCGCUCAACAUCAACCCCCACCCUCCCAUCCCUGACAUCCGGGCCAACGGCAGGCCCCCCUCGCCCGUGCACAGGGGGCUCAUCCCCAUGGCCCCCAGCUCCCCCAAGGCGAAGAAGAAGCUGUUCAGAAGGCAUUCUAUGCAAACGGAACAGAUCAAACAGCUGGUCAAUUUCCAGAACCUACUGGCCCAGGGCGACCCGGCCAGUUAAAGGAACAGAAGCCCCAACAAGGGAAAGGAGAAGAAGAGGCCUAGAUUUAGUCUAUCCCCAUCCCAUUGGCUGCUCCUGGAGUGGGGAGGAGCUGGAGACACCACCCCAUCCCAUCUCUCCCACCCCAUCCUGGUUGGCGAGCCCAUUGUGUCUGGGUUGCUGUGUAUCCUCCGCCCUGCUGUGUAUCUAUCCUAGCCACGGGCCACGCCCAGGGUCCAGGGAAUCUGACCGGAACAGGAGCACUCAAUUGGGCCAGGAUCCCCAUGCGACCAGUUUCUGGAUGGCACUGGGCCCCUUCGGUGGAGGCCGCGGCCUGGCAGCAGAACGCCCCCAAGCAUUACCGCCCAGGACUGUGCCAUGUGGCCACAGAGCGCCCGGAGUCCGCUGGGAAAUCUGGCCUACGUUGGGGGCGGGACGGUGACAGCUUCUAACGGCUGCUCCCACGUGCCAGUCAGGAAACCAGAGGGGAGGCGCGUGGGUCCCGUCCCUCCGGGUCCUGCCGGGCACGGCCUGGAGAUGCAGAGGAGGGGAAAGAAAAAGGGAAUGAAAGGGUCGAUUUGGGUUCGAGAUCAGGAACGUGGCCAGCCGGAGCUUCUUCCAAUUUCCAGCAGCGGUUUGUGCCCGAUCCAGGUUCAAAGCCAAAGGCAGCCCUGCUCGGUUUGCACGGCUCUCCGACCUGGAAGGAAGAGGCGGCGAUCCAAAAGACAGACACCCCUCUCCCCCACCCCCGGUGGCCUUGCACCCCACCUGCUGCUCCCUGCAAUAUCCUAUUGAUUAGUGUGAAUGCCGUCGGGACUCCUGGGUUCACUCCCCACCUCUGGGGGGGCAGCGUUGUCUGGCGGGCCCAGUAAAGGGACACCUAGGGCUACGUUUGCAAAAAGGCUAGUGAUUUGGGACGCCCAACUGUGCUGAGCACUCGCCCGCUGGAAACCAGGCCCCUUCGAGGCGUCUCAGACGGGAGCACUCAAAAACGGAAGCACUUUAGGCAUGGGGCUCUGUUCCCAGCUCCAGGAGGGGGAGUGUUGUCUAGUGGUCAGAGGACUGGGCGCUAACGACUCUCAGGUUCUCUGCCUGUCUCUGCCACUGACUCACUGGGUGACUUUGGACUAGUGACGUGCCCCCCCCUGUGCCUCAGUUUCCCCCACCUGUCAAAUGGAGGGAAUGAUACCGACCUGUGUCUGUAAAGCGCUUGGAGAUCCUGGGAUCAGCGGCGCUCUAGAAAUGCUACAUCCUAUUUGUUAUUUAUUUAGCAUUCGGUCUCUGGUGGAGCCGCAGCCCUAGACAAAGCAAUAUGACUGGGGACACACAAGAAGUUACCCCCAAACACUGGUGGGAGGGCUGGAAUAAACCCUCUAGGCACAUGGGGAGGGAUUGACCAGAGCAUCACUGAUGCAGAGGGGAAACCAUUUGGGGGGGGGGGGGGACUGACUCAGUGUAAAUAGGCAAACAGACACCCAUUGCUAACCCCACAGUGCAGACCCAGUGCACUGGCAUGGGUUACCCUGCUUUUCCACUAGGGGGAGCUGUGGAAUUGGGCAUUGUCAUUGUGCAUUGCACAACCGCGGUGGUGCAAACAAACCCCGUUGCAAGCAAGGUUUUAGGCCCAAGUCCUCAAAGGUAUUUAGGUGCCUGAUUCCCAGCAGGAAGAUCUGGCCCCUCGUUACCAAGCUAUGAAUCUGCAGAUUGCUCAGGUUUCCCUGCCCUUCCCUGAGUGAUGCUGCAAAGUUCGAGUUAACUAAGGGAGUUAACAUUUGCACAGGUCUCCCUAUAAGCACAAGGAGACUGUAAUCAGGGCCCCGUGUAUCCGCUACUCUGCAGAACCCACCCCCUAGCUGUGCUCCCUUUUCUGUUUGCAGAGAUACACUUGUAGCCCUGAUUGACAUGUAUCUGAUGCCAUGUGGCCUGACCUAGUCUUUAGACAGCCUACAAUGAUCACUCUAGAUGUGAACCCAUGGAUGCCAAGUGGGCGUUGACUCUGAAACCUACUGACCACCAAACAGACAACAACAUUGUUAACUAUUCCACUGCUGAUUUUAGCAGAAAUGUUGCAUUGUAUUGUGCAUCUCUCACAACUCCCAGUUAAAUCCCCAGAUGCCAAAAGCCCCCAACUGCCACCCCACCCCCUCUCCCAAUUGCUCGUGCUAAGCACUUAUGCCUUUUUUGUUACAAAAUUCUGUAGCACAUUGAAAAUGAAGGGCCAUAUUCUUGGCUAAUGUAAAUUGGUGCCUCUCUUGACUGACGUCAGCUGAGAAUUUGGGCUUAAAAUGAUAGGGGCCGCAUCUGAUUAAAUUGGCCAGAGGAUUAGCUAGCACACUUUAUCCCGUGCUGAUUGCGUUAGCCACUGCCAUGUUUAGUUUAAUAGAAACCUUAUUAGUUCAGUGUAUCUGACGCUGUUCUGGGAUUUCCAGUUUCCUGCAGGAUUUGGGGCCUUUUGCUGCAGGAUUUGGGGGCUAGUUUGCUGCAGAUAUGUGGGGCCAUCCUCGACUAGGGCAAAUGCCCUCUCCGCCUGUGUAUAUCAGAGAACAUACAGCAUGUGAGUAUGGUUUCAGGUCUGUAUGUGGGACACUUGUAGGGGUUGGAUCUGGGGUUUUCAGUCAGCAGGUUAGAAGGUGUAACGAUGCGGGACUCACCCCUGCGGCGCCUCCUGCUGGUGUCUUCCGGGAAUUAACUCUGCCAGCCUUGGAGCGCCUUCUGCAGGCCAGUAUCCCGCUGCCACUUGGUCCCCAUGUCCCUCCCUGGACUCCGGUGCCCCUUUAUCUGGGGUGCUGCCCCCUGGCAGUACACCCCUCAGUCUCGGGGUCUCCCCCCUAGCCCUAUCCACAGUCGUAGGCUACUGCCAGUCACCAACUCGCCCCUGCGCCCUGGGGCAGACUGCAGUGUAAGCCACUCAUCAUAGGCAAGGUUGGGUCUGGACCUGCUGCCCCCCUCUGCAACCCAGUGCCUCUAUGGGGCCUUGGACAAGGCCCUGCAGCCUGGGGUGUUGCCAGCCUGGAGUUCCCCAGCCCUGCCUCACUCUAGGCACCCUGAGCUUCCCAGCAGCCAGCCCCCUCUCUCUCUAGGGCACUACAAUUUGGGGGGCGGCGACCGUGGCGGUAUUUCGGCGGCGGGACCUUCCGUCGCCUCUCUGGGGGGCAGCAUUUUGGGGCGGGACCUUCCGCCGCCUAGAGCGGCAGAAAAGCUGGCGGUGCUCAGGGCAGGAGUGGGUGACCACCACGCUACAGCAGGAUGGAGCUCAACUGUGAAAUUUGGAACCAAAUUCACGUUGAGAUUUCAGAGGCCAUCAAAACUGCUUUGAGCACAUCUGUCUCCAGUAUAUGUGUGGCCAUAAGCCACUGGUGCGUGUCCCUUACAGGCCCCCAUCUGUGUCUGAUUCACAGAGGACCUGUCUAAGGACUAGAGCUGGGUGGAACUUAUUCCAGAAAACGAUUUGCCGUCAGAAAGCGUUGAGUCAUCAAAACCGAAACGUCCAGCAGGAAUGUGUCAAUUCGGCCGAAUUUUUCAUUUAGAAAAAAAUGGAGAUGAAAAUGUUUUGAAAAUGUCAAAAUGCCCCUUUUCGCCAGCCUCGGAACGAAACGUUUCCGUUUUCCAGCUCCCAAUGACCCUUUCCUUUGGCAGCAUAGCUUAUUCGCUAGUUUUAAUGUUUAAAAGGUCAAAAUCAAAACGAAAUGUUUCAAAUUUACCAAAACAAAAUAUCAGCCAAAAAGAUUUGGGGGGGGGGGGUGGACGGGGGUGGGAACUGGGUUUGCAAAAAAAAAAAAAAAAAUCGAGAUUUUGGGAUUUGGUUCCAAUUUGGGACGAGAAAUUUUUUGAAAUCGCAAGUUUUGUCUGAGGAUGGGAAAUUCCCACCAGCUGUAGACCCCCAGGUAUCAGCUCCUGCUUUUAGCUCUGGAAGUCCCUGGUUCAAGCCCUGAUAUGGCUCAAAAUAGCAGCUGUCACACCUGGAACACACACAUGCAUUUCUAGCAGGCCUGGACAGAUCCCCUGAUGAAUCUGUAACCAUACACAGCUUAUUAACCCUUUAAGAAGCAAGGCUCCUGGAACAAGCCUGUCCCAGGGUCUCCCACCCAGUACCACACUCCUCUCCCUGUGCCUAUGGUGGCACUAGCAGAAUGCUGCCCCCUGCUGGCCAAAUGCGCAAACUGCUGGGCAGUGGUUUCCUAGCUAGGGGUUGUCUUACAGCUUUUAGGUAGUAAGUUCUAGAUCAGUGAUACUGAGACCUCUGCGGUUCAGGAGUCAAAUUAGUGACCAACAGAGCCACAGGAGUGUGAAUUCAUUGUUUCACUUACCAUAUAUAUUUCAUUUGCAUAGCGAAAUGACUGACCGAGUAUGAUUAUUUUAUCAACGACAAUCGGUUAGUAACAUGGUAAAAGCCUCCUGAUUGGUUAAUAACUUCGAUUGGUUAAUAAUUAAAUCCCCCAGUGUUUUAAUAUCAUGUGCUGCAAAGAGCUGCAGGCGACACAUUAAAGAGCCACUCGUGACUGCAAGCCUCA